CACCCACUCGUCGACAGAUGUCUCAUCCUAACAUGUCGGCAAAAGCAUGAAAACCCACACCAACUAACAUUUACACACUGCCGUUACCCGCCAUCAACAAUAACUUUAUUCAACGGAUAUCAUAAUUGUCAUAUAGUCAGCGAUUUGGAUUGGAUCACCCCACAUCUCUCUCUCUUUCAACAAUCGGAUACUAUCACUGCAAUGGAUGGUCUGAUCAAGGGCUUGCUCAAUGUAGCGCUGGGUCACGACGACAGAGACGCAGAGACCGACUCUCAGUCCCGUGAUGAACGGUCCAGAUCCACUUGGGCGGAGGUCGUGUCCGGAGAACAGGACGACGAAUCGAGCAAUGACCGUACACAUGGAUAUAAACACAAUCAGUGGAAUAGAGAGGAACAGAACUAUGGCAGGAAGGAGGAGUCGGAAACAGGUGGAUCAUGGACUCAAAUGCGACCCCAGAAGGCUGUGCAUGAGGGGUAUGGAAGGGGUGAAGAUGGUGGGACACAAAAUUAUAACCAAAGCCAUUGGAACCAAAAGGAGGGACAGGAGAAUAAUGAUGGUUGGGAGACUGUCGGCAAAAAGCCUCAACAGCGACCACAAAAGGUACAGAUGGAUAAUUGGAACAAUUACAAACGCCCCGCUAGUGAGCAAGAAUAUACUAGUGAGGUUGAAUAUGGUGUUGACAUAGAACCCUCAGAAAAUGAGCUUGCGGACCUGUCAAAAGCUUGUAGCAAGCUCUGGGAACUUGACUUAAACCGUUUAAUACCUGGCAGAGACUAUGAGAUUGAUUGUGGAGAAGGGAAGAAGGUUUACCAAAAGGAAGAUAUGGCACAAGGAAGCCUAUUUUCCUGGUUGAGCAAAGACAUAUUCAGGAGGGCUACUUAUUCUCGUUUCUGUUCUCUUCUAGAUAAUUACAACCCACAUGAAGGGCAUAAAGAAGUUGUCACCUCUCAGGAGAGGCAAGAGCAAGCCGCAUUCAUAGAAGAGAUCAGCAGAACUGCACCAAUAAAAUAUCUCCACAAGUAUCUUUCUUCCAAGGGCAUUGUAUCUGGUGAUUCUCAAGAUUUUAAAAGAUUUAUGACAGGUCUUUGGUUUGAUCUGUAUGGUCGAGGUGGUACAUAUGGUUGUUCUUCUGCUUUUGAACAUGUUUUUGUUGGAGAAAUCAAGCAACGUGGGGAGCAAGAAGUGUCAGGCUUCCAUAACUGGCUUCAGUUCUACUUGGAAGAAGCCAAAGGGAGAGUUGACUAUCAAGGUUAUAUUUUCCCUAGAAGACGUGGGGAGACGCCUGACUCAGAGACUCAGUUGCUUACAAUUCAGUUCGAAUGGAAUGGUGUUCUGAAAUCUGUCUCGAGUACUUUGGUUGGUGUUAGCCCAGAGUUUGAAGUAGCUUUGUAUACGCUUUGUUUCUUCAUGGGUGGGGAGGACAACCACGUUCAGCUUGGUCCGUACCUUGUUAAUAUCAAGUGCUACCGCCUUGGAGACAAUAUUGGAUCUGCAUUUCCGAUGUCAGAGUGUUGAAGCUUGAAAUUCAAGGAACUAAAUCGAACCAUAUUAUUUCCUUGUAACUGCAGUUUUUAUAUAUGAUAUAAAUCAUAUCCGGAAGCUGUAGAAACAGUAGUAGCACAUAUUAUGUUUGGACUAUGACAUGUUUCUGGUGCAAGUCACUAGUUUUAGCGAUGUUCAUAGCUCGCAAAAACUUAUUCUGAUGUACAAUGAUUUGUCAUUCUAUGCAACUCAAUUCAAGAAAGUCUUUUCCAAUUAUUUGGGAUCGGAUACAUGGAUCAUGUUUUGCCGUUUU